UUUGUUUUGUUUAUAACCAUGAUUAUGAACAAGUUAGCUUUGACGAAACAUUUUAGAUUGAUUAUUUCCAGAGGAUUCAAGAGUGAAUAUUCUUUAGAACGUAUCUAUCCAAAUAGUUCUUUAGAUCUCUCCAAACCAAAGGAAGUAAAAGUUUCUGAUGAGAAAUUUUCUGGAUAUGUACCUUUUGAUAAAUUGCAAGUUACAUAUUCUAGAAGCUCAGGACCUGGUGGACAAAAUGUUAACAAAGUAAACACUAAAGUUGAAAUUCGUUUUCAUCUCUUAACUGCUUCUUGGAUUCCACAGAAGACACGGGAAAAGUUACAAGAAUUGCAUUACAAUAAUCUAACAAAAGAUGGCUUCAUGAUUUUAAAGUCAGAUAAAACUAGACUUCAGACAUUGAACAUGGCCGACUGUUUGGAUAAAUUAAGAUGUUACAUAAGAGAAGCAGAAAAACCUCCACCUGAAGUUUUACCUGAAACAUUAGAAUUGAGGAAAAAAAGGCAAGAAAAAGCAGCUGCAGCACGGUUACGAGAUAAAAGAAUUCAAUCUUCAAUGCAAAGAAUGAAAAGAGAAGGUGUAGACAAUGUUCAAAUUUAAACAGUAUUUGUAGAGUUUUCUAGCAAUAAAUAUUUAUCUUAGU